UUUAGUUCCGGAGCGUGCGGUCAUCGGCUUGUGGUGGUGGUCAUGUUUUUCGGAUUGUGAUAUAUUUUGGAGUUUGACUAAACCAGAACCCUUAAAGAAAGUCGUUUCUUCAGGUGCGGGGUUUUAUCCGUGAUCAUAUCGCCACAAUGGCCGAGGAUGUCCAGAAGCACUCGGUGCACACUUUGGUCUUCAGAUCUCUCAAAAGGACGCAUGAUAUGUUUGUGUCCGACCAUGCGAAAUCCGUCGCACAGGACGAGGAAAGCCACAAGCUGAAGAUGGAUGUGAAGCUGAAAGCGGAUUAUAAUGCAGUUUUGCACAUGCCUGUCCUGAAGGAAGGGAAAGACCGAGUGUCACAGCUUCCUGGCGGUAUGCUAGGUCACCAGAGCUACGCACAACCAGGUGAUGACCCAGAAUACUUGAUCACAGGGACACAUGCUUAUCCCUCUGGACCGGGGAUAGCUUUGACUGCUGACACAAAGCUGCACAGAAAUCCAAGCGAGGCAGGAGUCCACUCCAUGGCGCUGGCUUUGCCUCCCUCACAAGCCAGGCAGGACGCAAGCCGCACUGCUGCCAGUGUUGGUGACAUUCACCGACACGCAGGAGGAGCAGAGAGAGUUCACCCUCAGUCAACGGCUGUGUCGCUCUUGGAGGGAGGUGGCACCCGAAAUUCUGCGCUCGCAAGGAAAGCACCGACCAUGCCGAAACCCCAGUGGCAUCCACCAUGGAAACUGUUUCGGGUCAUCAGUGGCCAUCUUGGCUGGGUGAGAUCCAUCGCUGUGGAGCCUGGGAAUCAGUGGUUUGUCACAGGGUCUGCUGAUCGAACCAUUAAGAUCUGGGACCUGGCCAGUGGGAAGCUGAAACUCUCCCUGACUGGACACAUCAGUACAGUGCGUGGUGUGGCAGUCAGCAAUCGUAGCCCGUACCUGUUCUCCUGCGGAGAAGACAAACAAGUAAAGUGUUGGGAUCUGGAGUACAACAAGGUCAUCAGGCACUACCACGGACACCUUAGUGCUGUGUAUGAUAUAGACCUUCAUCCAACUAUUGACGUGCUGGUGACGUGCAGCAGAGAUGCCACAGCAAGGGUGUGGGACAUCAGGACGAAAGCUAACGUGCACACGCUCACCGGCCACACCAACACUGUGGCCACAGUGAGAUGUCAGGCUGCAGAACCACAAAUCAUCACUGGCAGCCACGAUUCAACCAUCAGGCUGUGGGAUCUGAUCGCUGGAAAAACGAGAGCUACUCUGACAAACCACAAGAAGUCUGUCCGAACUCUGGCGCUGCACCCCAGACAAUACACUUUUGCUUCCGGUUCUGCUGAUAACAUCAAGCAGUGGAUGUUUCCAGAUGGCAACUUCAUUCAGAACCUGUCAGGCCACAACGCCAUCAUCAACACUCUGGCUGUGAACUCUGAUGGCGUGUUGGUGUCUGGAGCCGACAAUGGGACCAUCCACAUGUGGGAUUGGAGGACAGGUUACAACUUCCAGCGGAUUCAUGCAGCUGUGCAGCCUGGAUCUCUUGACAGCGAGUCAGGCAUCUUUGCUUGCAUUUUUGACAACUCAGAAAGCAGACUGAUCACUGCAGAGGCUGACAAGACCAUUAAAGUAUACAAAGAGGACGACACUGCUACGGAAGAAAGCCAUCCAGUCAACUGGAAACCAGAAAUCCUCAAGAGAAAAAGAUUCUAAUAAUUUUUUAUUUUUUAUUUGCCCCUUUUGUCAUAGUACCAAUGUUUACUUUUAUUUGUACCAACCCCCCUGUUGUAGAUACACACCACGUUUUGCUUGCUACUGCUUUUUCUAAUUGACUAAUGUGUCUUUGACAGAAGCAACCACAUUGUCCCCUUUUAUUCUAAAAACCAUUUGCAGUCUUCAUUGUACGAUAUAAGUCCAAUAAAGUGGCCGUUUUGGACCGCCAGGAACCUCCCUGAGUUUUUGUUCUUGAUGAUAACGGCUCUCUGAUGGCUCUGGUCCGACUGAUCCACCAACAUCAACCACUCUUCAGAAACAGACGGACUCUCCUCAGAGUGGACCUGGUUACUGAUGGGGUCAAACCCUGCAGAGAGACAGUUGUUAAUUGACAAAAAAAAAAUUCUUAACUCAAAAUUGUUAUUUGUACAGACGUGGAACUAAUGUGGCCUUUUUUUGGCUUGCAAUGUCAAGUUUACUUUGCUCCAUUUCAUAAAAUCGACAUUUUUCACAUA